AUGGUUUCUAAAUUAUUAUAGAUUCUGGCACAUUUAUAAUGGAGAGAAGUGCAAUCUAAAAUUUUUAAAGUGAGAGAACAGCCCACAUUUUAAUAUCAAGAUCUAAAUUCAGAAGGAGGAGUAUUUAAUCUUAUCAAUAGCAAUAUAACUUUAUAAAAAUCAAUUAUUACCAGUUCUUUCGGUCAUUUUGGAGGAGGACUAUUUUUAAGUUGCAGUAAUUCUGUGAAUUGCUUUGCUGAUUUGAAGAAUAACACAUUUAGCAAUAAUACAGCUCAUGAUCAAGGAGGAGCUAUUGAUUAUAAUAAAAAUAAGCCUUUAAAUCUAGAUUCAAAUAGUUUUUUAAAUAACAGUGCUCCUUAUGGUAAUGACAUAGCAAGCAAGCCUUAUACACUUUUAGAAUUUACUAAAACUCUAGCAGAAUCAGGAGAAUAGUAUCCCUACAAAAUUGUUCUGGAAAUCUUAGAUUAUUAACUUUAAAGGGUAACAAAUGAUUAAAGCUUGUAAGUUGAAAUUGAGGAAUUAUUAAUAAAUAGGACUGUAAAAUUAACAGAGGUAAAUUAAACAUUGAACUCAGUAAUCGGUGAAAAUUUAAAAAAAGCAGUUGAAGGUGUCGUAACUCUAGAUAAUAUUCAUUUUAUUGGUACUCCAGGAUCUAAGAAUGCUUUAUUUAAGAUUUUUUCUCCAAGUAUUAACACUGAAUAUAUGAAAGCAAUUUAUCAUAUCCCAGACAAAACCUAAAUUAAUGAAGUUAUAAUAGAACUAGACUUUGACACAUGCUCUGAGGGCUAAAUUGAAACAAAUCUCAUAUGCUAUCCUUGUGCGACAGGGACUUAUAAUUUAUUCCGAGAUUAGCAAUAGUGUCAUGAUUGUCUUCCACACGCUGAUUGUUUAGGAGGGAACAGAUUAUCAAUUGUAAAUGGGUUUUGGAGAUCUUCAAAUGUAUCUACUUAAAUUCAUGAAUGCUUAAAUCCAGAUGCUUGUAUCGGAGGCUUGAUGUUAAAUGACUCUGAAGUAAACCCACUAUGCUAAUAAGGCUAUGGUGGAAAUCUAUGUCAUACUUGUUAAAAAAUAAAUGGAGUUUAGUAUUCAAGAACAAAAAAGGAUAUUUGUGAAGUUUGCCCAGAAUCUAGACUUGAUUGGCCAAAACCAUUAGACCAAUUUUUUUAAUCAUUUUCAUAUGUGGGGGCUUCAAUAUAGAACCUUUUAUACUUUGAAUGCAUCUUUGACGAUUAGGGUAUUAAGAAUAAGAGCAACUCACUUAUUUUCCUUUAAACAUUAAUUAUUGGGCUACUUCCUUUGAUGCUUAUGGUAAUAUUCUCACUUGGAUUUAUACUUUAUAUCAUAAUAAGCAGGAUAAAUGCAUCGAAGUUUAUUGAUUGGUUUGCAAUAAUGGCUAUCUGUGUUAUUUAUUUUACUCACCCAACACUCUCGAGAGCUGUAAUGAGCAUUUUCAUAUGUAUGGAAAUUAAUCAAGGGGAAUAUUGGCUAGUUAGCGAUUUAUCAGUGCAAUGUUGGACCGGAGAUCAUUUGACUUUGAGUUUACUUGUUGGCUUGCCUUUCGGAAUAUUUUGGAUAAUCUUAGUACCAUUUCUAGGGUUUUGCUAUCUCUAUAAAAAGAAAGAAUAUCUUACCAAUAAAUAUUUUAAGGAUAGAUUUAAGAUACUUUGUUCCGGACUAAAACAAGAAUAUUAUUAUUGGGAAUUUUUUAAUAUAAGUAGAAAAAUAGGUCUAGUCUUUAUUAAUGUGUUCUUGCAAACGCAACUGCCGCUUUUCAAAUCAAUGGUCGGCCUAUUAUUUCUUGGAGGAAUUUACAGAUUACAGGAGAGAUAUUAGCCUUAUGAAAAUCCAAUGAUUAAUGAACUUGAAAAAAGAGAGAUGAUAAGUAUAUUCAUCUCAUUUUACUUUUCAUUAUAUUUUCUCAAUAAAGAGUUCCAAAAAUGGGCAUAGUUAUCAGCUUUAGUUAUUAUCAUAAUGUUCAAUGCUUGGUUUAUGAUCCUAUGGUUUUACUUAGUCCUUAUUUAAUUCAAGUACACUUUUACCUACAAAUUGGCGAAUAAGAUAAGACACUUUACACUAUUGAAAAUUGAACCAAUUAAUAUUGGAAUAAGGAUGAAAGUAGAUUCUAUGCAACUUUUUGAUAAGAUGGCUGAUUAAUUUUAAGGAUAGAUUAAAAAUUAGACAUUAAUGACUCAAAAUGAAGAUAAUUCACUUCGAAGCGUUAAGAAACUAGUUUAAAAACAUUCAAAAAGGACUUCCCAAUAAUAGUAAAAGGUAAAUAUUUCAUUUGUAUAGAGAAAAAAUAAAAUAUAAAUAAAAGAUAAGAAUCAACUUGACUCUAAAAUAUCAGUAGAUCUUGAAGAUAUUUUUUCAAUUCAAAACUCAAAUUACUCAAAAAGAUACAAAGAAUUUUCAGGCUAUAAUGUUAGCUCUUCUCAUAAGGAUUUCAGACUAGAUAGUAGUAAAAUACCUGCAUUACAAGAUAUGUCGAUUAGAUCAUUUGAUAUUUCAGAAGAAAUUUUAUAUAAACCUAAAUCUCAAAGCAAGAGAUCGAAAUCUAAAUUUACUAAAAAUCGUAAAAAAAGAAAAUAGUGA